GCGUGCUUUACGUGACAGUUUUCUGUCGUACUUUUGGACUCUGGUUUAAUGACAGUCUGUUUGCCUUUAUGUUAUGUAUGUAUAUGGUGUUAAAAUACCACAACCUACUCUUAACUCUAUUUAAAUCCCAAAACAAAAUCUUAAGCUAAGUGACAAACAGGUGACAACCGCUGUGAAUGUUUGAAACUUGCACCAGAAUCAUAAGGGAGACAGAGGUGUAACCUGUCAGGAAGACAUUGGGAGGAUCUUGGUUGGUGGGCUUAGGAGUUCUCUAUGCAGAACACAUAACCUGAAAUCAGUGUCUGUUGCAUCUAUAUACAAGCUUGAGCUGUUGUGCAGAAGGGCAAACUCAACAUGGCAUCCAGUCUUACCUGUCCUGGUGUGGUGUGGGCGCUGUUGUCCUUCCUUUGUGCGGCCGCAUCCUGCAUCGGCUUUUUCAUGCCAUACUGGCUGCUUGGGUCACAGAUGGGUAAGCCAGUGUCAUUUGGAACAUUCCGCCGUUGUUCGUACCCAGUAAGGGAUGAAGUACGUGGUGGGACGGUGAUGUUGGAGCAGUGUGGGCGCUAUGCCUCCUUCCAGGGCAUCCCGAGUCUGGAGUGGAGGAUCUGCACAGUGGUGACAGGGACAGGCUGCGGGCUCCUGCUCCUUGUGGCACUUACAGCACUGAUGGGCUGCUGUGUUACGAAUCUCAUCUCUCGCACCAUCGGACGGGUGGCCGGAGGUAUACAAUUUGUGGGGGGUUUGCUGAUUGGAUCUGGAUGUGCCCUGUACCCAUUAGGGUGGGACAGUGAAGAGGUCAGACAAACCUGUGGCAACAGUUCCGACCAGUUUGAUCUUGGUUCUUGUGAGAUCGGAUGGGCAUAUUACUGCACCGGGGUUGGAGCCGUGGUGGCCAUGUUGUUGUGCACAUGGAUGGCAUGUUUCGCAGGAAAGAAACAGAAGCAUUACCCUUACUAAACAAGAAGAUGAAAAAUUACCAGUAGAGGAAACUAUAAACGCCACAUGUGGGCAUGAUGAUUUUCAUUCUCAGUUUGAGAGACCUUCUACAUUCAGUGUGCUUUCCAAACGCAUAGCAUAUAUUACAAGGAGGCAUUAUAUGACUGAACUUUUGACCCUCCCACAUCAGUGACCACUUGAGAAUCCUAUGACAAACCUUUCACCUUGCAUUGGGACCUUUUGCAUCCAAUGUGUGUGCCAGUACAAUUAAAAAGGAAUAUGUUAAGUAUUCAUGGUAUUAAAGUGAGCUAUUGACGUUCAGAAGGGAGUAGUGUGUUCAAAAUGGACCAGUUGUUUUACUCCAUUUAUCUGUUGCUUUUUUAUUGUGUAUGUGUAAGUGCAGUAUUCAUUGUGGUUGCUUAUGUUGUUGUGUUUUGGUACAGUAUGUGUUUUUUUGUAUUAUAAUAACCUGUUCUAUAUUGUGCAUUCAUUCAUGUUCUCUUGCUGACAUGUUAUUGCCUUAAAUAUCUCAGCUGCAAUAAUAUACAUCUUAUAUGGAUUGUGUAUUUGCAAAAAUCAUAAUGUAUGUUUGACAAUAUACUAUCUUCGAUAUAAUCUUUUGUUUGGUAUUGUGGAAUUUGACACUUUUAUAUAGCAGAUGCAUUAAAUCCAUUAUAUUUCACUGCAAUUGUAAAUAAGUACAGUUGUUUGAACAUAGUUGUUAAGCAUAAACCAAAGGAUGUCAUUUUAAAAUGUACAGUUUUUCUUUUCCAGGACAAACUGAUCAAAAAUAUUGAUGACUCAUGCUGCACCAUGCAGAUUUUUUAUUAUUAUUAAUUAAAUGCUCUCUGGAAUGAGAAUGUCCCUCCUCCUGCAACUUUCCAGCAAGUAGCAAAUAAUGGUUCAUGUCUGUGAUGUAACUAAAGGCUAUUUGCUAUUGUUUAAGGAACAAGCACAAACUUCCUGUUUCAAUAGAAAAUGUCAGCACAGGACAGAAAACUCUGCUUGUUAAAUGAUUUCAGGGGAUCUUUAAUUAUAUAUAAAAUAAUUAAUUUUAUUACAUUUAAAAAUGUCUGUUCUGAUUUGUUUUAUUUUUGUAUUUUUCAAUGUCAAAUAUUUAAACCCUACACAUCUUUAACAGAGACUCAGAUAAUGUCAUUCAUAAUCUGCAUGAUCUGUGUAUUUUAACUUGAGUGUAUGUUUCUCUUUUGAAAUGAUGGAUUGCCUAGUGUUAAUUUCCGACAGGGUGAUGCAGUGCUGAAGUGGUUGCUUGUGAAAUGUGAAACCUCAUUAUCUGCAGGGAUCCACACUGCGGGCAGAUGUAAAAGCUGAUCAAACAUUAUUGCCGAUCUGCUGUUCCCAUUUAGAGCUAUCAGCAAACUCUCACAAACACUGCAGUUAGCUGUUGUUUUAGGAAAGAAAUGCAUAUAUAAGCCUGACUGAAGAAGAUGAACUUUUACUGAUGAUAACAUUAUUUCAUCCAACUGUACCCUUGUUUAACAUUUGAUUGAGUGAAGAAGUUGAUUCAGUUUCCCUCUAGGCUUUGACUACAUUAAACUUGUCAGAAUGAAAAACAGGCUAGUGUUGGAAACUCCUAGUAAAUUGAAAGAAAAAAGAAAAUCAAUGUCACACAUGGUGGAGUUUUGACUGAUGUAUUGCUUUGCUUCAUUUCCACCCCCCCCCCUCAGAAUUUCAGCAAAGACAAGUAUAAUCUGGUGGACUUCAGGGGAAACAAGCUGUCUCUGUGUAUAAAGAUGAUCUCAGCACUGCUCUUUGAUUUACACUUUUCUCACUAGCUCUUUGAUAGAGAAAGUAGAGACUCGUCAAAUAGAGAGUAUCGUAAGCAGAAUUCCUUUAUUUGUAUUCCGUCAAUGCUUCUCUCUGUGGAAUUGUUUAAAGGUAUAGUGGCCCCAAACAGUAUUUGGACACUUAAGCCACACUUACAAAUGUGUGAAUGUCAUUGAAUUAGAAUAAAUAUAAAACAAAGUGGCUUUUAUUUUAAAGAACUUUUAAAAUGGGUUAAAUAAAUAGAAAGAUGGCCUCAAAGUAAUAUUCUGGGUAUAACACAAGUUAAGGUCAAUUGACAACAUUUGUUGCAUAUUGUUGAUUCCCACAAAAAAAUUUUUUUUAUUAAAAGCAGAAAUUGUUGAUGCAGAAAGGCACUUAUAUAGAAAGUGAAUGGAGGCAAAUUCAUAAAUGUUCAAAUACACACUGUUUCAAAAUUAUAGCCACAAGACACACAUUAUGCAUGUUUACAUGAUUUUAGUGAUAAAAUUGCUUAACCUAAUCUGUGUAGAAUUAUAUAAAAUUUUAAAACUCUGUUGUCAUGAUGAUGGAAUGGAUGCCAUCCCAGAUGUGUAUGCUCUGCCGAACACAAACAAAGAUUUUUAGAAGAAUAUUUCAAGGUAUAGUUCACCCCAAAAUUAAAAUUCUCUAAUCAUUUACUCGCCCUCAUGCUAACUCAGAUGUUUAUGACUUUCUUUCAUUAGCACAAAACAAAUAAAUAUUUAAGAAUAUCUUAUCUUUGUUGGUCUUUACAGUGCAAGUGAAUGGUGAUCAGAAUUUUUAGCUCCAAAAAUCACAUGAAGGAAACAUAUAAGUAAUUCAUAAGACUCCAGUGGUUAAAUCCAUGUCUUUAGAAGCAAUAUGAUAGCUGUGGGUGAGAAAGUAAUUUUUUUACUCUAAAUCUCCACUUUCACUUUUACAUCUGAAAGUCACAUGUAGUGCCCUUUUAGUUUCAAAUUUACAUCUGAAAGUGAAAGUUAAAGGAGAGAUUUAUAGUAAAAAAAGGACUUAAAUAUUAAUCUGUUUUUCACCAACACCUAUCAUAUCACUUCAGAAGACAUGGAUUUAAUUACUGGAGCAAGUGAAUAGGACCAACAUUUUGAAGCUCCAAAAGGACAUAAAAGUAAUCUAUUAGACUCCAGUGGGUAAAUCCAUAUAUUCAAAAGCGAUAUGAUAGGUGUGGGAGAGGAACAGAUCAAUAUUUAAGUCCUUUUUUACUAUAAAUCUCAAAUUCACUUUCACAUUCAUCUUCUUGCAUUAUUUGUGCAUAUCGCCACCUACUGGGAAGGGAGGAGAAUUUAUGGUAAAAUCUUAAACUUAAGUAUUGAUCUGUUUCUCACUCACACCUAUCAUAUUGCUUCUGAAGAUAUAGAUUUAACCACUGGAUUCUUAUGGAUUACUUUUAUGCUGAUUUUAUGUGCAUUUUUGAGCUUCAAAAUUUUGGUCACCAUUCACUUGCAUUGUAUGGACCUACAGGGCUAAAAUAUUCUCUUUGUUUGUGUUCAGCAGAAGAAAGUCAUACACAUCUGGGAUGGCACGAGGGUGAGUAAAUUAUGAGAGAAUUUUCAUUUUUGGAUAAACUAUCCCUUUAACUUGUACUGAACCCAAAAUAUUCCUUUAAGAAUUAAAUGUUAGAAUGACAAAUUUAAGUCUUAUCGUGCACAACAGAAAAUGUAUUUCAUAAAUUGGGGUUGUUUCUCAGGUCCUUGGCUAUCCAACAACUUUCACUUGUUGGUGCCCACUUUAUUUUAUUUACAGUGUAUUAUUUC